GCCAUAGUAGAUUAUUUGGUAUGUCAAAUCUUCAGCUUAGUUAACAACACAAUUUAAAUCCCAUGGCAGAUGCAGUGUUUUGAGUGAGGCAUAAUUAACAAUAAUCCAAGAUAGUAGUAGAAACACUGACACGAAGCUAGCUAGGGGCAAGCUGAGAUGGACGUAACACAUGUGCAUACAAUUGUCUUACCACAUGUAUGUAAGGCGUGCAUUUAGAAGCAUUGUCCUAAAAGGGCAAGGAUACAUGAUCUCAUGAGAGUUAUCAGGACAUGCAUGUGCUAGUGGCAUUUACAAAAUGCCGAGCAUGUGUGUAUGUAGAUCGAUGCGGACCAGGGUUGUGGAAAACCUCCCGUCUCCCGAAGAUGCAUGACGUUCUGGACAGGAGGCAACAGCCUCAGGAUGAAACGAGGACAAAUUGUCUCAUCACACGCCGUAGACGUACGAUGUCUGCCACGACAUGCACCGCAGAAACAUGCGUCUUCCGCCUCUGAGCCCAUUCGCACAUGCAUGCAUGGUAUCCGUUGCCCCGAUGAUCCGAAGGCCACGCCACAGCGUGAUGCGAUGGUUGAAACGAGCACAUUUUCAGCGAAAAUAGGAUCGAGUGUGGGUAGGAGCAAAUAUCGAGCUCUACUGCCCCUUGCUCGGAACCGGGAGCUGCAAGUCGAGUUGCCGGGUGUGGCGGUCAGUCCCUUUUUCGCAGAUGGUGUUGGCGGCAUUGGGUUUGUCCACCGGGCUACGGCUGCCAGGUGGUUUCUUUCCCGCGCCUGUAAAGAGAAUGAACGGCGAAAGCCAUCAGGGUUGUUACCAUUCGGUAAGAACUGCGUGCAACAUACGACAGGAAAACAGGUAUAUAUAUAGGCGGUUGAAGUCUCCGUCUGGUCUUGAG